AUGUCGUUUGAAGUGGGUACACGAUGCUGGUAUCCUCACAAAGAAUUGGGCUGGAUUGGGGCGGAAGUAACCAAAAAUGAGUUCAACGACGGCAAGUACCACCUGGAGUUGCAACUGGAAGACGAUGAAGUCGUGUCCGUGGACACAAAAGACUUAAAUAACGAUAAGGACCAAUCUUUGCCGCUUCUUAGAAACCCUCCCAUUUUGGAAGCGACGGAAGAUUUGACUUCUCUAUCAUACUUGAAUGAGCCUGCGGUUUUACAUGCCAUCAAACAGCGUUAUUCUCAAUUGAAUAUCUACACGUACUCGGGUAUCGUGCUGAUCGCUACAAACCCUUUUGACCGCGUCGACCAGCUUUAUACACAAGACAUGAUUCAGGCUUAUGCGGGCAAACGCAGAGGUGAACUGGAACCUCACUUGUUUGCCAUUGCCGAAGAAGCGUAUAGAUUGAUGAAGAAUGACAAACAAAAUCAAACCAUUGUCGUAAGCGGUGAGUCUGGUGCCGGUAAAACAGUUUCCGCCAAGUAUAUUAUGCGUUAUUUUGCUUCUGUCGAGGAGGAAAAUUCUGCUACUGUACAACAUCAAGUGGAAAUGUCUGAAACAGAACAAAAGAUUCUAGCCACAAAUCCCAUUAUGGAAGCAUUCGGUAAUGCUAAAACUACCAGAAAUGACAACUCUUCCAGAUUUGGUAAGUAUCUAGAAAUUUUAUUCGAUAAGGACACAUCUAUCAUUGGAGCAAGGAUCCGCACGUACUUACUGGAACGUUCCAGAUUAGUUUAUCAGCCUCCAAGUGAAAGAAACUAUCACAUAUUUUAUCAAUUAAUGGCUGGAUUACCAGACCAGACUAAGGAAGAGUUGCACCUUACAGAUGCCUCGGAUUAUUUCUACAUGAACCAAGGUGGCGACACCAAGAUUAACGGUAUCGACGAUGCCAAGGAAUACAAAAUUACAGUUGAUGCGUUGACACUAGUCGGGAUCACCAAGGAAACUCAACACCAAAUAUUCAAGAUUUUGGCCGCACUUCUGCAUAUCGGUAACAUAGAAAUAAAGAAAACUAGGAAUGAUGCCUCAUUAUCUGCUGAUGAGCCAAAUCUGAAACUCGCGUGCGAAUUGUUGGGCAUUGAUGCCUACAAUUUCGCCAAAUGGAUCACCAAAAGGCAAAUCAUUACAAGAUCAGAGAAGAUCGUUUCGAACCUAAACUAUAACCAAGCUUUGGUUGCCAAAGAUUCCGUAGCCAAGUUCAUUUAUUCUGCCCUUUUCGACUGGCUUGUUGAGAAUAUCAACACCGUGUUAUGCAACCCGGCUGUGAACGACCAAAUUAGCUCAUUCAUUGGUGUUCUAGAUAUUUAUGGAUUUGAACAUUUUGAGAAAAAUUCAUUUGAACAAUUUUGUAUUAACUAUGCCAACGAAAAACUACAACAAGAGUUCAACCAACACGUUUUCAAAUUAGAGCAAGAAGAAUACGUUAAAGAAGAAAUCGAAUGGUCGUUUAUAGAAUUUAACGAUAAUCAACCUUGUAUUGAUCUGAUUGAAAAUAAAUUGGGUAUUUUAUCACUGCUUGACGAAGAAAGUAGAUUACCUGCUGGUUCUGACGAAUCUUGGACACAAAAACUUUAUCAAACUUUGGAUAAAUCCCCUACAAAUAAGGUGUUUUCUAAACCAAGGUUUGGGCAGACUAAAUUUAUCGUGAGUCAUUAUGCUCUUGAUGUUGCCUAUGACGUGGAAGGAUUUAUUGAAAAGAAUAGAGACACUGUGUCCGACGGACAUUUGGAAGUGCUGAAGGCCUCUACCAACGAGACAUUAAUAAAUAUCUUAGAAGGAUUGGAAAAAGCUGCCAAAAAACUGGAAGAAGCCAAAAAGCUUGAAUUAGAACAAGCUGGCAGUAAAAAACCGGGACCGAUAAGAACGGUUAACAGGAAACCUACUUUGGGUUCCAUGUUUAAGCAAUCUUUAAUUGAACUAAUGAAUACCAUCAACUCAACUAAUGUUCAUUACAUUCGUUGUAUAAAGCCGAAUGCAGAUAAAGAAGCUUGGCAAUUCGAUAAUUUGAUGGUAUUGUCUCAACUCAGAGCCUGUGGUGUUUUGGAAACCAUUAGAAUAUCUUGUGCUGGGUUUCCUUCUAGGUGGACUUUUGAAGAAUUUGUAUUAAGGUACUACAUUUUGAUACCACAUGAGGAGUGGGACCUAAUUUUCAAAAAAAAGGAAACCACGGAAGAAGACAUCAUAUCAGUGGUGAAAAUGAUUUUAGAUGCUACUGUGAAGGACAAAUCCAAAUAUCAGAUUGGUAAUACAAAAAUUUUCUUCAAAGCUGGUAUGCUUGCUUAUCUGGAAAAACUGAGAAGCAACAAGAUGCAUAAUUCCAUUGUCACAAUUCAAAAGAAAAUUAGAGCUAAAUAUUACCGUAAACAAUAUUUGCAAAUAUCACAAUCCAUCAAUAAUUUGCAGAGCAACGUCAAAGGUUUCGUUAUUCGUCAACGCGCUAAUCAUGAAAUGAAAGUUAAUUGUGCGAACUUACUGCAAGCUGCUUAUAGAGGUCAUGCGAUCCGUGCCAGCGUGUUCAAUGUACUGAAAGCAAUCAUAAGUUUGCAAACGAAGAUUAGAAAAGAAUUAAAACAAAGACAACUGAGACAGGAACAUGAAUACAAUGCUGCGGUAACUAUUCAAAGUAAAGUCAGAACUUUUGAGCCGAGAUCUAGAUUUUUAUGCACUAAAAGGGACACUGUUGUUGUCCAAUCAUUGAUCAGAAGAAGAGUUGCUCAACGAAAAUUGAAGCAAUUGAAGGCUGACGCCAAAUCAGUCAAUCAUUUGAAAGAAGUAAGUUAUAAGUUAGAGAAUAAAGUGAUUGAACUAACGCAAAACCUAGCAUCUAAGGUCAAAGAAAAUAAAGAAAUGACAGAAAGAAUUAAAGAAUUGCAGGUUCAAGUGGAAGAGAGUGCCAAAUUACAAGAGACGCUAGAAAAUAUGAAAAAAGAACACUUGAUAGAUAUUGAUAAUCAAAAGACUAAAGAUAUGGAACUACAAAAAACCAUUGAGGGCAAUUUGCAAUCCACUGAGCAAAGUCUAAACGACGCCCAAUUAGAGUUGGAAGGAAUGGUUAAACAACAUGAUGAACUGAAAGAAGAAUCUAAAAAACAACUCGAAGAAUUGGAGCAAACAAAGAAAACAUUGGUUGAAUACCGGACAUUAAAUGGGGAUUUGCAAAACGAAGUUAAAUCUUUAAAGGAAGAAAUUGUUAGAUUACAAACUGCCAUGUCGCUGGGCACUGUCACGACUAGCGUAUUACCUCAAACACCAUUAAAGGAUGUAAUGGGAGGUGGUGCUUCAAAUUUCAAUAAUAUGAUGCUUGAAAAUCCAAACUUGUCACCUAACGACUUGAACUUAAAGUCUAGAUCCACUCCAUUGCCCGGAAACAAUCACAUUGAUUCAUUGAGUGUCGAUCGCGAAAACGGAGUCAAUGCUACACAAAUCAAUGAAGAGUUAUACAGAUUAUUGGAGGACACUGAAAUUUUGAACCAAGAAAUUACAGAAGGCCUAUUAAAGGGAUUUGAAGUUCCAGAUGCUGGUGUAGCUAUUCAACUAAGUAAAAGAGACGUUGUUUAUCCGGCUAGAAUACUGAUUAUAGUGUUAAGUGAAAUGUGGAGAUUCGGGCUAACCAAGCAAAGUGAAAGUUUCCUUGCUCAAGUGUUAACCACAAUUCAGAAAGUCGUCACCCAAUUGAAGGGUAACGAUUUAAUCCCAAGCGGUGUAUUCUGGUUAGCAAACGUUAGGGAGUUAUACUCAUUUGUGGUGUUUGCCCUGAAUUCUAUUCUAACUGAAGAAACCUUCAAAAAUGGUAUGACCGAUGAGGAGUAUAAAGAGUAUGUUUCAUUGGUUACAGAACUUAAGGAUGAUUUUGAAGCACUAAGUUAUAACAUAUACAACAUUUGGCUGAAAAAAUUGCAAAAGCAGUUGCAAAAAAAGGCCAUAAAUGCUGUGGUCAUAUCCGAAUCGUUACCAGGAUUCAGCGCGGGAGAAACCAGUGGGUUUUUGAACAAGAUUUUCGCUAAUACUGAAGAAUAUACAAUGGACGAUAUUUUGACCUUCUUCAACAGCAUAUACUGGUGCAUGAAAUCUUUCCAUAUUGAAACUGAAGUGUUCCACGCUGUAGUCACAACUUUGUUGAAUUACGUGGAUGCAAUUUGUUUUAACGAGUUGAUCAUGAAACGUAAUUUCUUGUCCUGGAAAAGAGGCCUUCAAUUGAACUACAAUGUCACUAGAUUAGAGGAAUGGUGCAAGACGCAUGGCUUAACAGAUGGUACUGAGUGCUUACAACAUUUGAUUCAGACCGCUAAACUACUUCAAGUCCGCAAGUAUACCAUCGAAGAUAUUGAUAUCUUAAGAGGAAUCUGUUAUUCACUGACGCCUGCACAGUUGCAAAAAUUGAUAUCGCAAUACCAGGUGGCAGAUUAUGAGUCUCCUAUUCCACAGGAAAUCUUAAGAUACGUUGCUGACAUUGUUAAGAAAGAAGCUGCGUUAUCUACAUCAGGCAAUGACUCCAAGGGUCACGAGCAUAGCAGUAGUAUAUUUAUCACUCCAGAAACAGGGCCGUUCACUGACCCGUUCAGUUUGAUAAAGACCAGAAAGUUUGAUCAAGUAGAGGCCUAUAUACCAGCGUGGUUAUCCUUGCCUUCGACGAAGAGAAUUGUUGAUCUUGUUGCCCAGCAAGUCGUUCAAGACGGCCAUUAG